UGACCCGCCCUGACCUCACAGUGAUCCCUCCCAGCACCGGGUCCGAAAGGUUGGGGAGACGAACCUGGCAGGGAGCCCCCAAUGAGCCACCUGACCUCAUCCCCCCCAAAACCCAAGGGGGAGCACAAAGGCCACAGUCUCCCCCGUGGUUCAGAAAGGGGUAGCUCCUCCCGGGAUAAGGACCGAAGCUCAUCGGUCAGUAGUUCCACGUCCAUGCCUGCUGGAGGGAAGGGAAGCCGGCCCAGCAGUACCCCGUCGGUGCCCCAGAAGACCCCCAACCGCCUGAUUAAUGAGAAGUCACCGUACCUCCUGCAGCAUGCCUACAAUCCUGUGGACUGGUACCCCUGGGGUCAGGAAGCUUUUGACAAAGCCAGGAAGGAAAACAAGCCCAUCUUCCUCUCAGUGGGGUACUCCACCUGCCACUGGUGCCACAUGAUGGAGGAAGAGUCGUUCCAGAAUGAGGAGAUCGGCCGCCUGCUCAGUGAAGACUUCGUCAGUGUCAAGGUGGACCGGGAGGAGCGGCCAGAUGUGGACAAGGUGUACAUGACCUUCGUGCAGGCCACCAGCAGCGGUGGAGGCUGGCCCAUGAAUGUGUGGCUCACUCCCAACCUGCAACCCUUUGUUGGGGGCACAUACUUCCCCCCUGAGGAUGGCUUGACCCGUGUGGGCUUCCGAACAGUGUUGCUGAGAAUACGAGAUCAAUGGAAACAGAACCAGAACAGCCUGCUAGAAAACAGCCAGCGAGUCACUACCGCCCUGCUGGCCCGCUCCGAGAUCAGCACUGGGGACCGCCAGGCGCCUCCUUCGGCUGCCACCAUGAACAGCCGCUGCUUCCAGCAGCUGGAUGAGGGCUAUGAUGAGGAAUAUGGUGGAUUUGCAGAGGCCCCCAAGUUUCCCACACCAGUGAUCCUGAACUUCCUGUUCUCAUACUGGCUCAGCCAUCGCCUGACCCAGGAUGGUUCUCGGGCCCAGCAGAUGGCCUUGCAUACCCUGAAAAUGAUGGCUAAUGGGGGCAUUCGGGACCAUGUAGGGCAGGGCUUCCACCGCUACUCCACGGACCGCCAGUGGCACGUGCCCCACUUCGAGAAGAUGCUAUAUGACCAGGCGCAGCUUGCCGUGGCCUAUGCGCAAGCCUUCCAGAUCUCUGGUGAGGAGUUCUACUCUGACGUGGCCAAAGGUAUCCUGCAGUACGUGACACGGAGUCUCAGCCACCGGUCUGGAGGCUUCUACAGCGCUGAAGAUGCUGACUCGCCCCCGGAGCGUGGCCUGCGGCCCAAGGAGGGCGCCUUCUACUUGUGGACGGUGAAGGAGGUGCAGCAGCUGCUCCCUGAGCCGGUUCAGGGCGCCACAGAGCCACUGACCUCAGGCCAGCUCCUCAUGAAGCACUAUGGCCUCACCGAGGCUGGCAACAUUAGCCCCAACCAGGACCCUAGCGGGGAGCUGCAAGGCCAGAACGUGCUGACCGUUCGCUACUCACUGGAGCUAACUGCCGCCCGCUUCGGCCUGGAUGUGGAAGCCGUGCAAACCCUGCUCAGUGCGGGCUUGGAGAAGCUCUUCCAGGCGCGAAAACAUCGGCCCAAACCACACCUUGAUAGCAAGAUGCUGGCGGCCUGGAAUGGUCUGAUGGUGUCAGGUUAUGCAGUGACUGGAGCCAUCCUGGGCAUGGACAAGCUGAUUAACCAUGCCACCAAUGGUGCCAAAUUCCUCAAGCGACACAUGUUUGAUGUGGCCAGUGGCCGCCUGAAACGGACCUGCUAUGCUGGCUCUGGGGGUGCUGUGGACCACAGCAACCCACCCUGCUGGGGCUUCCUGGAGGACUACGCUUUCGUGGUACGAGGCCUGCUGGACCUGUAUGAGGCCUCACAGGAGAGCUCGUGGCUCGAAUGGGCUCUGCGGCUGCAGGACACCCAGGACAGGCUCUUCUGGGACACCCAGGGUGGUGGCUACUUCUGCAGUGAGGCCGAGUUGGGGGCUGGGCUGCCCCUGCGCCUGAAGGACGAUCAGGAUGGUGCAGAGCCCAGUGCCAACUCUGUGUCAGCCCACAAUCUGCUCCGGCUGCAUGGCUUCACAGGCCACAAGGACUGGAUGGACAAGUGUGUGUGCCUGUUGACUGCCUUCUCUGAGCGCAUGCGCCGGGUGCCCGUGGCAUUGCCCGAGAUGGUUCGUGCCCUCUCAGCCCACCAGCAAACACUCAAGCAGAUCGUGAUCUGUGGGGACCCCCAGGCCAAGGACACCAAGGCUCUGUUGCAGUGCGUCCACUCCAUCUAUAUCCCCAACAAGGUGUUGAUUCUGGCUGAUGGGGACCCCUCGAGCUUCUUGUCCCGCCAACUGCCAUUCCUGAGUACUCUGCGGCGGCUAGAAGACCGGGCCACAGCCUAUGUAUGUGAGAACCAGGCCUGCUCCAUGCCUGUCACUGACCCCUGUGAACUGCGCAAGCUGCUGCAUCAGUGACCGUGCUGGUCCCCAAGCAAGGAGUGGAAGGUGGAGCUUCCCACUGACCGUAGACUGGGGCUUUGUCAGACUCUGCAGCACGUGUGGCCUCCCCCGGCACCCUACCAUCAGGUGACUUGCGCCAUUCUCACUGCCUUCCCUCCUUCCACCGUGGGCACCCACUCUCCCUGGAAUAAACCUAACAGCAUCCCACGGUAA